AUGGGCUUCCAAACGGCGAACGCAGCCUUCAAGAAGAUACUAGGAUCGGAUCCGCGCCUGGAAAUUUGUCUCGAGAAUUACGCGUAUCCCUUCGCUCAUGAAGCCGGGGUUUUCAUUCCCGAGACAUGUGAGGUAUUCAUGACCAGCAACCGAAUACAAGGGGCGGAUGGAGAGCAGAGAGUGCAGAUCUCCAAGUUUUACGUGACAGACUUGGAUUGCACCCAAGAGGAAAUCAAUUCAGAGGUUCUAAUGGCCAACGGGGGUGUGAAAUAUAAGGAUGGUAUCAUUUUCUGCUCUCAGGGCACUCUGACACACCCAUCUAAAAUUGUGUGCAUGAAAUAUUCGCCUCCCUUUGAGACCGCAACUUUAGUUGAGGGAUUCGGUGGACGUCAAUUCAAUUCGGUGAAUGACGUGGUUAUCCAUUGUGAUGGAUCGAUCUGGUUCACGGAUCCUAGCUACGGCUACGAGCAAGGGUUUCGGCCACCACCUCAAUUACCCAACCAGGUCUAUCGUUUCAACCCGCAGACAAAUUCUCUCAGAGUAAUGGCCGAUGGAUUUGGAAAGCCCAACGGCAUUGCAUUCUCUCCAGACUGCCGUAUCGUCUACAUCACGGAUACUGACAGUGUGCGCGGCGACGGCACUACUGACCUCUUCCGCCCGUCGACUAUAUAUGCAUUUGAUGUUACAUUGCGUGAGGGAGAGCCGUUCCUAAUCAACCGACGAGUUUUUUCCAUGGCAGACGUCGGGGUGCCUGAUGGCAUCAAAUGUGACAUGGAUGGCAACGUUUAUAGUGGCUGUGGGGAUGGAAUCCACGUUUGGUCCGGGGGAGGCGUUUUGCUAGGAAAGAUAUUGGUUCCAGGAGGCGUUAGCAACUUUUGUUUCGCCCGACCCGGUGAGAUAAUUGCGCUAAAUGAGCACCGGGUAUGGAGAAUUGCGCUGGCUUCGUCUUGUCGGGGCUCUGUAUUAAAGCUCUGA